AUGAGUGGGCUACCGGGCGCCAGGACCUGCCCAGGCCUGGGAGAGGCCUCCGACCUUAAGUUCCCUCUGGGCGCCAAGUUCAGGGAACCUCUCACCGAGACUCGGUUCCAGCAGCUCUUCGGGGACGCAGAGCAGGCGCCGGAGCUCCUCGCGGAGCCCCGCUCGUCCCGACUGCGGCGACGGUGGAGGCUGCGGGCCCGCGCUUGCUCCGGGCCGGGGGCGUGGCGCGUGCUGCAGGCGCGGCUGCCCCCGCUGCGUUGGCUGCCCCGCUACCGUUGGCGGGCCUGGCUGCUCGGGGAUGCCGUGGCCGGGGUGACCGUGGGCAUCGUGCACGUGCCCCAGGGCAUGGCUUUUGCCCUCCUGACCUCCGUGCCUCCAGUAUUCGGACUCUACACUUCUUUCUUCCCCGUCCUCAUUUACACCUUGUUGGGUACUGGGAGACACCUGUCCACGGGGACUUUCGCGGUGCUCAGCCUCAUGACAGGCUCUGCUGUGGAACGGCUGGUGCCCGAACCCCUCGGGGGUAACCUGAGCGGAAUCGAGACUGAACGGUUGGACGCUCAGCGGGUUGGGGCGGCUGCGGCCUUGGCCUUCGGUAGCGGGGCGCUGAUGCUGGGCAUGUUCGCGCUGCAGCUCGGCGUCCUGUCCACCUUUCUAUCGGAGCCGGUGGUCAAAGCGCUGACCAGCGGGGCCGCGCUGCACGUGCUCGUGUCCCAGCUGCCGAGCCUGUUGGGAUUGCCCCUCCCGCGCCAGAUUGGCUGCUUCUCUCUCUUCAAGACGCUGGCCGCUGUGCUGACCGCGCUGCCCCGGAGCAGUCCGGCCGAACUGACCAUCUCGGCACUCAGCCUGGCGCUGCUCGUGCCGGUCAAAGAAUUGAACGUGAGAUUCCGAGACAAGCUACCUACCCCGAUCCCAGGGGAAAUCGUCAUGGUGCUUCUGGCCUCUGUACUCUGCUUCACCUCUUCCCUGGACACAAGAUACAACGUCCAGAUUGUGGGACUGCUGCCUGGAGGAUUUCCCCAAGCCCAUCUUCCCAACCUGGCUGAGCUGCCCAGGAUCCUCGCUGACUCACUGCCCAUCGCACUGGUUACUUUUGCUGUGUCCGCCUCCCUGGCCUCCAUAUAUGCAGACAAGUAUAGCUACACGAUUGACUCCAACCAGGAGCUCUUGGCACAUGGUAUCUCCAACCUCAUCUCCUCCCUCUUCUCCUGCUUUCCCAACUCUGCCACACUGGCCACCACCAGCCUACUAGUGGAUGCUGGUGGGAAUACACAGCUGGCAGGUCUCUUCUCCUGCAUAGUCGUCCUGUCAGUGCUGCUCUGGCUGGGGCCCUUCUUCUACUAUCUGCCCAAGGCUGUCCUGGCCUGCAUCAACAUCUCCAGCAUGCGCCAGAUGUUCUUCCAGAUGCAGGAACUUCCACAACUGUGGCGCAUCAGCCGCAUGGACUUUGCUGUAUGGAUGGUCACGUGGGUGGCUGUAGUGAUCCUGAGUGUGGACGUGGGCCUGGCCAUAGGCGUGGUCUUCUCCAUGAUGACUGUGGUCUGCCGCACCCAGAGGGUGCAGUGCCUGGCACUUGGACUUGCUGAAGGGACGGAGCUCUACAGGCCACUCAGAGAGAGCCACAAGCUCCUCAAGGUCCCAGGGCUCUGCAUCCUGAGAUACCCAACACCACUCUACUUUGGGACCCGUGGGCAGUUCCGCCGCACCCUGGAGGGGCACCUGGGGCUUGGAGAAGGAGGCAAGGAGACUCCAAAGCCAGACGGCCCACCUGAUGCAGUUGCUGAACCUGUCAGAGUGGUGGUCCUAGACUGCAGUGGUAUCACCUUUGCAGAUGCUGCUGGGGCCAGAGAGGUGGUACAGCUAGCCAGGCGAUGCCGAGAUGCUGGGAUCCACCUUCUCCUGGCUCAGUGUAAUGCCUCAGUGCUGGGGACACUGACCCAGGCAGGACUCUUGGACAGAAUGACCCCAGAGCAGCUGUUUGUGAGUGUCCAGGACGCAGCUGCUCAUGCCCUGGAGAGACUGGAGACUACUGGCCCCAAAACGUGCACAGUGUGGGUCUGACUCGGUCAUUUGGAGUGUGGAGGGCCCCAACAAUAUGUGUGUGAGGAAUCCCUUCACUUCAUGUAACUAAUAAAACAAAGCUGAAUGCCUCUGGG